GCGGGUCAGGGGGGCGGACACCGGACCCUGCUCUACGGUCACGCCAUCCUCCUACGCCACUCCUUCAGUGGUAUGUAUUUGACCUGUUUGAAGACGUCAAGGUCUCUGACAGACAAGCUGUCAUUUGAUGUCGGACUACAAGAAGAUUCAAUCGGAGAAGCCUGUUGGUGGACCAUCCACCCUGCAUCCAAGCAGAGAUCUGAGGGAGAGAAAGUUCGCAUUGGAGACGACCUGAUUCUCGUCAGCGUGUCAACAGAGAGAUACCUGCACCUCUCUAUCUCCAAUGGCAACUUCCAGGUGGACGCAUCCUUCAUGCAAACUCUGUGGAACGUCCAGCCUACCUGCUCUUCAAGCAACAUGGCUGUAGGGUUUUUGAUUGGUGGACAUGUGAUGCGUCUUUGUCAUGGACAUGAUGAGAGCUUGACCAUCCCUGGAGCAGACAAGAGUGAGGAGGAGCAGAGGAUAGUCAACUACGAGGCGGGUAAGGGAGCGUCUAGGGCCCGCUCGCUGUGGAGAGUGGAGCCUCUCAGGAUCAGCUGGAGCGGUAGCCACAUCCGGUGGGGCCAGCCCUUCAGACUACGUCACCUCUCAACUGGCCAUUACCUGGCCCUGACCGAGGACCGUGGACUGGUCCUGCAGGACAGGGACAAAUCCGACACCAAGUCCACUGCCUUCUGCUUCAGGAUCUCCAAGGAAAAGGGUGACUCAGGCCCAAAGAGAGACAUUGAUGGCAUGGGAGUGCCAGAGAUCAAGUAUGGUGACUCUGUCUGCUUCAUCAUGCAUAUGGAUACAGGACUUUGGCUGUCUUACCAGGCACCUGAUGCCAAAUCGUCUCGCCUUGGACCCCUGAAGAGACGG